AGACUUAGUAGGGGCAUCACUGACUAGCAGAAGCGCAGGAGGAUUCUGCAGUUGGACGCAUUGGGGGCGCUUGACGUACACUUGUUUGUUCCUUAUCGGCAUUUACUAGUAAAGCCUUUAACCAUGAGCGACGUGGAGGUUAAUGUUCGGGAAGAAAUGGAAGAGUUCUUUCCAAGAAUAUUGAAGAUAAAGCAAGAUAAACGAAGGCUUAUGAAAAAUUUUAAAGAUCAGAAAAAAUCAAUUGAAUGGGGAGAUUUUUUUGAACAGAAGAUUGGUCAGAUAGAAGCACUUGAAUGUUUAUAAUGCUUUAAUGAAUUAUUUGAAUUGGGGAAGAUGACACGAAGGUGAAAAAUGGAAAAAUAAUGAAGAUUGAAGAAAAGUAUAAAGCAAGAGUGGCAUAGAAUUAAAAGAAUCUGGAAGAAUGAAUGGGUCGUAGGUUAAGUAAAUGGAUCCCGAUCACACUCAAAGUCACCAGCUGAAAGUGCUCCGCGUGUGAAAUCUGAGAGCAGAUCCAGAUCCCGUAGUGCAUCAAGGCCUUCCAAACGUUCUGAAUCCCAUUCCCGAUCCAGGUCCAAAUCAAGAUCCAGAUCUAGAAGGCAUUCCCACAGACGCUAUUCCCGCUCAAGGUCCCGUUCACACUCUCGCAAAAGGAGGUCAAAGAGUAGGUCCUACACACCAGAAUACAGACGAAGAAGGAGCCGCAGUCACUCUCCAAUGUCCAACCGAAGGAGACACAAUGGCAGCAGGGCAAAUCCAGAUCCCAACAUAUGUGUUGGAGUGUUUGGCCUAAGUUUAUAUACAACGGAAAGAGACUUAAGAGAAGUCUUUUCUCGUUAUGGUCCCCUUUCUAGCGUCAAUGUAGUUUAUGAUCAACGUACUGGAAGAUCAAGAGGCUUUGCCUUUGUCUACUUUGAGCGGAUGGAAGAUUCCAGAGAGGCUAUGGAGCAUGUAAAUGGAAUGGAACUGGAUGGGAGGAAGCUUCGGGUUGACUACUCCAUCACAAAAAGAGCACACACACCAACUCCAGGCAUAUAUAUGGGAAGGCCCACCCACAGUGGAGGAGGAGGUAGUAGUAGUGGUGGUGGAGGAGGAGGAGGAAGAAGCAACAGCCGUCGUCGUGACUCGUAUUAUGAUAGGGGAUAUGACCGGGGCUAUGACAAAUAUGAUGAAUAUGACUACAGAUACAGGAGACGAUCCCCAUCACCUUAUUACAGCCGAUACAGGUCCAGGUCACGAUCACGUUCUUACAGCCCAAGUGAGUAUUCAGAAGAGAGGCGCUAUUAGGACUUUCAGGAUGGACUUUUUAAAACCUUAUUGGAUUGACUAUUUUUUUUUUUUUUUUAUAAAUGUACUGUUCUGUGAAUAUUACAAUUGUAUUGCUAUAUUUUUUGUUUAGCAGACCAUCAUAAGAAAGAACAAGCUAUACAUUCACUGGGGAGAAAUUCUGGUGUCUGUUGAACAAUGCUUUAUUUUCGGUUACAAAAAAGUGUGAUUUUGUUUGCUAGUAGUCUCUCCAAUUGCAAGACUGAAAUACUUUUCUAUACUUCAUACUUGUAUUGCUGUGUUAGGAAAGUGGAUACACUUAAGUCCUAAAAUAAACCUUUCCCCUCCUGCUGCUGAACAUUGUUCACUGUAGCACUUUAGCCUCCCCCCCCCCACCUCCUUCAAAAUACUGCAUUUUUAGGAACUUGGUGGUUAAAUCUUUCUAGGCCUGGGUAUGUAAAAUUGAUCAAAAUUCAUUCUGUUCUAUAUAUAUUUUUAAGUUCCAAUUACCCACAUUUCUAAACAUUUCGUUGUACAGAGCUUUGUUAGGAUGCUGGACAUGAAUAGAGAUGUCUUAUAACCCUAUGUAAAUUUACUUUGGACCCAAAAAAAAUCUUGACUUACUUUAGGCAAUAUCUGAGUAUUUGCCUCUGUCAUAUAUUGGCAAUACAAUCCUUAAGAACUUAUUGUCCUUAUAAACUCAACUUCUAUAAUUUUACGUUUACCCCUAAUGCCUUGUUACAUAUUGUCAAUUAAGACAUUUUAGAUCUAAAAAGCAUCCAGUUAUCAAUUCCUCAUGUGAAUGUGCUUUAUAGCAGAAUAUAGGACUGAUUUACUGUAGAGACUGAUGCAGUGUUCAGCUUUAAAUGUGUGCCCAUUACAAUGUUCCGUUUAAACCCAGCAUUUUGUAAAUUGGUUAUUUGAUUGGAAAAACCUAGGGUUUGUUUUUUUUUCUUUUCAAGGCUUAAUUUUUCAGUCUUUGUUGUAAGACUUUGUUGCUUGCCUGUGUUUACUAUAUCUUGUUAAAUGGGAUAUUCCUAUUACUUGAUGUCUCGGUGCAAAUAAACAUUGAGUAUUACAA